UUUUUGUUUUUGGGGACGUGCAUCGUGGGGGGCACUUAGACGUGUAGGGUGGGUUAUUAACUUAUUAGGUUUGUUUUAGCGGUUAAACCCUCCAACCGAGUUUCCCGCGGAACAGAAAAACGUCUGCCUUUGCCACGAAACAGAGACACAUCCGAGGAAGUUAGAGAGGAACGACUUUCUGCUUCCCCUGUUUCCAGAUAUCUUCCCAUUAUUUCACAAUUUCUUUUUCUCGGUCUCUGUCUGUAUCGAUUGUACUUUUGGUGUCUGUGCUCUUGUCGGAUCGUUUGGAUCCCAGGAGCUAUUAUGUUCUGAGGAUUCUUCUUUCAUUUGCUCUGCAUGGGGUUUUGAGAUCGCUGCAACCACGACUUGAACUAUGUUCUGCUGUGGAGGUAAGGAGGAGGAAAACCACGGUCUCCCAGCUAACCACUAUACUGCACCACCCAGAGGCGAAGAUACAUAUGGCAUCGGGAGAGGAGAGCCAAGGAGUUCCAACAUGGUCAAAAGUGGAGCUCCUCAGAAAGUAUUACCCAUUGAAACACCAGCUAUAUCAUUGGAUGAGUUGAGUAGGUUGACCGGCAACUUUGGCACAAAGGCUUUGAUUGGAGAAGGUUCUUAUGGCAGGGUAUUCCAUGCAAAGCUGAGUGAUGGUCAGGCUGCUGCAAUAAAGAAGUUGGAUUCCAGUUCAUCACAAGAGCCAGACUCAGAUUUUGCAGCUCAGUUAUCAACAGUUUCAAGGCUUAAGCACGAGCAUUUUGUUGAGUUAAUCGGGUAUUGUUUGGAAGCAAAUAAUCGAAUCUUGGUACAUCAGUUUGCGACUAAGGGUUCUUUACAUGACAUAUUACACGGGAGGAAAGGUGUAGAAGGGGCUGCACCUGGUCCUGUUUUAAACUGGAACCAAAGGGUUAAGAUUGCCUACGGGGCAGCCAAAGGCCUUGAGUUUCUGCAUGAAAAGGUGCAGCCUUCGAUAGUUCAUCGUGAUGUCAGAUCUACCAAUGUCCUACUUUUUGAUGACUACCUGGCGAAAAUUGCCGAUUUUAACUUGUCAAAUCAGUCUUCUGAUACGGCAGCUCGGCUGCAAUCAACUAGAGUCUUGGGAACAUUUGGCUACCAUGCUCCAGAGUAUGCAAUGACAGGGCAGAUAACUCAGAAAAGUGAUGUUUAUAGUUUUGGAGUUGUUCUUCUGGAGCUCUUAACGGGAAGAAAGCCUGUAGACCAUACAAUGCCCAAAGGGCAGCAGAGUCUUGUUACUUGGGCAACUCCAAGAUUGAGCGAGGACAAAGUGAAGCAAUGUGUUGAUCCCAAGCUAAACAAUGACUACCCACCAAAGGCGGUUGCUAAGUUGGGAGCAGUUGCAGCGCUGUGUGUUCAAUAUGAGGCAGACUUCCGGCCAAACAUGACAAUCGUUGUCAAGGCUCUCCAGCCACUUCUUAACUCAAAACCAGCAGGCCCUGAUUCUCAUGCCUAAUAUAAUUACCUCAGAAUCAGACAAACAUGUGUUCUGCAUUAUGUAACUUUUUCCUUGUUCCUCGGGAUCCUUUUUUUUUUUUUUUUUUUAUGUUAUUCUGAAAUGGAUGAAGAACAGUAACAACCAUAUAUGUUCUGUCUGACCUCCUGUGAAUUUCCAAUCAUAUAUCGUGUGGAUGAGAAUUGUAGUUCUAUAGUCUUGAAUUACUCAAAUAUUCAAGGGAGAAA